AUGUCUCACAAACAAUUCAAAUCAGAUGGAAACAUCGUUACUCCCUACCUACUUGGCCUUGCUCGAAGCAAUCCUGGCCUUACAGUGAUUAAGCACGACCGAGUGGUUUUCCGGACUGCCUCAGCUCCUAAUUCAGGGAACCCUGCUAAAGUUUCAUUGGUAUCCGGAGGUGGCAGUGGCCAUGAACCAACGCACGCUGGGUUUGUUGGUGAAGGUGCCCUAGAUGCGAUUGCAGCAGGUGCGAUUUUUGCUUCUCCUUCCACCAAACAGAUCUAUUCUGCUAUUAAGGCUGUUGAAUCCCCUAAAGGUACCUUGAUCAUUGUAAAAAAUUACACCGGUGAUAUCAUACAUUUUGGUCUCGCCGCUGAAAGAGCUAAAGCUGCUGGAAUGAAGGUUGAACUGGUUGCUGUAGGAGAUGACGUCUCUGUCGGUAAGAAGAAAGGUUCUUUAGUCGGGCGUCGAGGUCUCGGAGCCACCGUAUUGGUGCAUAAAAUUGCUGGGGCAGCCGCUUCUCAUGGAUUAGAGUUGUCGGAAGUUGCCAAAGUUGCUCAGUCAGUUGUCGACAAUAGUGUCACAAUUGCUGCAUCUCUUGACCACUGCACGGUCCCUGGCCACAAACCUGAAGCUAUUUUGGGAGAAAACGAGUAUGAAAUCGGCAUGGGUAUUCAUAACGAGUCUGGUACCUAUAAGUCUUCUCCGUUGCCAUCGAUUCCUGAGCUCGUUUCUCAGAUGCUGCCUUUGCUUCUCGAUGAGGAUGAAGAUCGUUCUUAUGUGAAGUUUGGGCCCAAAGAUGACGUAGUCCUUAUGGUUAACAACAUGGGUGGUAUGUCUAAUCUAGAAUUGGGCUAUGCCGCAGAGGUCAUUUCCGAACAGUUGAUUGAUAAGUACAAAAUUGUGCCUAAGAGAACAAUUACUGGAGCAUUCAUUACUGCUUUGAAUGGUCCUGGGUUUGGUAUCACUCUUAUGAAUGCUUCAAAAGCUGGCACCGAUAUCCUUAAGUAUUUCGAUUAUCCUACCACAGCCAGUGGAUGGAAUCAAAUGUACCAUUCUGCCAAAGAUUGGGAGGUGCUUGCCGAAGGGCAGGUUCCGACUGCUCCCUCUUUAAAGACAUUGAGGAAUGAAAAGGGUUCGGGUGUGAACGCUGAUUAUGACACUUUUGCUAAAAUUUUGCUCGCUGGGAUUGAAAAGAUUAAUGAGGUUGAACCAAAAGUUACUUGGUACGAUACCAUUGCAGGAGAUGGUGAUUGCGGAACUACUCUAGUAUCCGGUGGUGAAGCAUUAAAAGAAGCCAUUAAAAACCAUACAUUGCGCCUUGAGGAUGCUGCUCUUGGUAUUGAAGAUAUUGCUUAUAUGGUUGAAGAUUCUAUGGGUGGCACGUCUGGUGGUCUAUACUCUAUCUACCUGUCUGCUCUCGCACAAGGUGUUAGGGAUUCUGGGGACAAGGAACUUACUGCGGACACUUUCAAAAAGGCAUCAAGCGUUGCACUAGAUGCUUUGUAUAAGUAUACGAGAGCCCGUCCUGGCUACAGGACUCUGAUCGAUGCUCUCCAACCUUUUGUCGAAGCACUGAAGACCGGGAAGGGUCCCAGAGCUGCUGCCCAAGCUGCUUAUGAUGGCGCUGAGAAGACAAGGAAGAUGGAUGCCCUUGUUGGGCGUGCUUCUUACGUGGCUAAGGAGGAGCUGAGAAAACUGGACAGCGAAGGUGGAUUACCAGAUCCAGGAGCGGUUGGUCUUGCCGCAUUACUCGAUGGAUUUGUUACAGCUGCUGGAUAUUAG